GGAGGAGGCGGAGGAGAACAUGGCGGCCGCGGAGAGCGGCUGAAAUGCCUGUUCUUGAGGCCAGGCGAGCGGGAGUCUGAGGCGAUUCGCCGAGCCCUGUCCUCCGACGGCUGCGCCGCGGCUUCGGGCGCCUCGGCCUCCUGAUCGCUGCUGCUCCCUGGGGCAGAGCCCGCGUGGGGUUCGUGCUGCAUCCCCCUGCGGGGGGACCCCUGCCUGCUCCGGAGGAGGGGCCGGGAGAGCCGCGGCGGCAGCGGCGGCGGCCGCCUGGGCCCCGGGGGCCGGGCUCCGGGCUUGAGGAGUGGCGGAGGCCGCGGCGGCGCCGGCACGGUCGCGGGCGAGCGCGGCGCCCCGUGAGCGCGGGUCCCGAGGCGGCGGCGGCGGCAGGUCUAUUCAUACUAAUGGAAAUGUAACUGGAACUGACUCUAAGGAUACAAUCAAGGACCAUCAGACAAGAUCAUGCUGUAGGGACCGUUGCUUCCAGAUGAAGGUACCAACCCAUCUAAUUGCUACUGACUCAAAGGUGUGAAGUUUUUCAACAUGAGUGGCCUUGGGGACAGUUCAUCCGACCCUGCUAACCCAGACUCCCAUAAGAGGAAAGGAUCGCCGUGUGACACACUGGCAUCCAGCACUGAGAAGAGACGCAGGGAGCAAGAAAACAAAUAUUUAGAAGAACUUGCUGAGUUGUUGUCUGCCAACAUCAGUGACAUUGACAGCUUGAGUGUAAAGCCAGACAAAUGCAAAAUUUUGAAGAAAACAGUCGAUCAGAUACAGCUAAUGAAGAGAAUGGAACAAGAGAAGUCAACAACUGACGAUGAUGUGCAGAAAUCGGAUAUCUCUUCCAGUAGUCAAGGAGUGAUAGAAAAGGAGUCACUGGGGCCUCUGCUGCUGGAGGCUCUGGACGGUUUCUUCUUUGUUGUGAACUGUGAAGGGAGAAUUGUAUUUGUGUCAGAAAAUGUGACCAGCUACUUGGGUUACAAUCAGGAAGAAUUGAUGAAUACCAGUGUGUACAGCAUAUUGCAUGUGGGUGAUCAUGCAGAAUUUGUGAAGAAUCUCCUACCAAAAUCACUAGUAAAUGGAGUUCCUUGGCCUCAAGAGGCAGCACGCCGAAAUAGCCAUACAUUCAACUGUAGGAUGCUAAUUCACCCUCCAGAGGAGCCAGGUGCCGAGACCCCAGAAGCUUGCCAGCGGUAUGAAGUCAUGCAGUGCUUCACUGUGUCACAGCCCAGGUCAAUCCAAGAGGAUGGGGAAGAUUUCCAGUCAUGUUUGAUCUGUAUCGCACGACGAUUGCCUCGGCCUCCAGCCAUUACGGGUGUAGAAUCCUUUAUGACCAAGCAAGAUACUACAGGUAAAAUCAUCUCUAUCGAUACUAGUUCCCUGAGAGCCGCUGGCAGAACCGGCUGGGAAGAUUUAGUGAGAAAAUGCAUUUACGCUUUUUUCCAACCUCAGGGCAGAGAGCCAUCAUAUGCCAGACAGCUCUUUCAAGAAGUGAUGACUCGUGGCACUGCCUCCAGCCCAUCCUAUAGAUUCAUAUUGAAUGAUGGGACAAUGCUUAGCGCCCACACCAAGUGUAAACUUUGCUACCCUCAAAGUCCAGACAUGCAACCUUUCAUCAUGGGAAUUCAUAUCAUCGACAGGGAGCACAGUGGGCUUUCUCCUCAAGAUGACACUAAUUCUGGAAUGUCAAUCCCCCGAGUAAAUCCCUCGGUCAAUCCUAGUGUCUCUCCAGCUCAUGGAGUGGGCCGUUCAUCCACAUUGCCACCAUCUAACAGCAACAUGGGAUCCGCCAGAGUCAACCGCCAGCAGAGCUCGGAGCUUCAUAGCAGCAGUCAUAGUAAUUCUAGCAACAGCCAAGGGAGUUUUGGAUGCUCACCUGGAAAUCAGAUUGUAACCAAUGUUGCCUUAAACCAGGGACAGACCAGUUCCCAGAGCAGUAAUCCCUCCUUAAACCUCAAUAAUUCUCCUGUGGAAGGUACAGGAAUAUCCCUAGCACAGUUCAUGUCCCCAAGGAGACAGGUCACCUCUGGAUUGACAACAAGGUCCAGGAUGCCGAACAGUUCAUUUCCUCCCAAUAUCCCAACAUUAAACUCCCCUGUUGGCAUGACAAGUAGUGCCUGUAAUAAUAAUAGUAACCGAUCUUACUCAAACAUCCCAGUUGCAUCUCUACAAGGUGUAAAUGAAGGACCUAGUAACUCCGUCGGCUUCUCUGCCAGUUCUCCAGUGCUCAGGCAAAUGACCUCACAGAAUUCACCUAGCAGAUUAAAUAUACAGCCAGCAAAAGCCGAGUCCAAAGAUAACAAAGAGAUUGCAUCCAUUUUAAAUGAAAUGAUUCAGUCUGACAACAGUGCUGCUGAUGGUAAACCUCUGGAUUCAGGGCUUCUGCACAACAAUGACAGACUCUCAGAUGGAGACAGCAAAUACGCUCAGACCAGCCACAAGCUGGUGCAGCUCCUCACAACAACUGCCGAGCAGCAGUUGCGGCAUGCUGAUAUAGACACAAGUUGCAAAGACGUGCUGUCUUGCACUGGCACUUCCAAUUCAGGCUCGACCAACUCUUCAGGAGGCUCUUGCCCCUCCUCCCAUAGCUCACUGACAGAGCGGCACAAAAUCCUGCACCGGCUCUUACAGGAGGGCAGCCCCUCAGAUAUCACCACUUUGUCUGUGGAGCCUGAUAAAAAGGACAGUGCAUCCACUUCCGUGGCAGUGACUGGACAGGUGCAAGGGAAUGCCAGUAUAAAGCUAGAACUGGAUGCUUCGAAGAAAAAAGAAUCAAAAGACCAUCAGCUCCUCCGCUACCUGUUAGACAAAGAUGAGAAAGAUCUCAGAUCAACUCCAAACCUGAGUCUGGAUGACGUGAAGGUUAAGGUGGAGAAGAAAGAACAGAUGGAACCUUGUAACACAAACCCACCCCCAGUGACCAAACCUGCUCCUGAGGAAGUUAAACUGGAGUCCCAGAGCCAGUUUACAGCUGACCUUGACCAGUUUGACCAGUUACUGCCCACACUGGAGAAGGCAGCACAGUUGCCAGGUUUAUGUGAGACAGACAGGAUGGAUGGGACGGUCACCAGUGUAACCAUCAAAUCGGAGGUCCUGCCAGCUUCCCUGCAGUCCACCACUGCCAGGCCCACUGCCAGGCUGAACAGAUUACCUGAUCUAGAAUUGGAAGCAAUUGAUAACCAGUUUGGACAGCCGGGAGCAGGUGAUCAGAUUCCAUGGGCAAACAAUACAGUGGCUGUAAAUCAGAAUAAGCCAGAAGACCAAUGUAUUAGUUCACAGUUAGAUGAGCUUCUCUGUCCACCAACAACAGUAGAAGGAAGAAAUGACGAGAAGGCCCUUCUUGAGCAGCUGGUAUCGUUUCUCAGUGGUAAAGAUGAAACUGAGCUGGCGGAACUAGACAGAGCUCUGGGAAUUGACAAACUUGUUCAGGGGGGAGGCUUGGACAUGUUGUCAGACAGAUUUCCACCACAACAAGCAGCAGCGCCAUUGAUGAUGGAAGAAAGACCCAACCUGUACUCCCAGCCAUACUCUUCUCCUUCUCCGACUGCCAAUCUGCCCAGUCCUUUUCAAGGCAUGGUCAGGCAGAAACCGUCCCUGGGGUCUAUGCCUGUUCAGGUGACACCGCCCCGGGGUGCUUUUUCCCCUGGCAUGGGCAUGCAGCCCAGGCAGACUCUAACUCGACCUCCAGCUGCACCUAACCAACUUCGACUUCAGCUGCAACAAAGGUUACAGGGACAGCAACAGUUGAUACAUCAGAAUCGGCAAGCUCUCUUAAAUCAGUUUGCAGCAACUACUCCUGUUGGCAUCAAUAUGAGAUCAGGCAUACAGCAGCAAAUUACACCUCAGCCACCCCUGAACGCUCAAAUGUUAGCACAGCGUCAGCGGGAGUUGUACAGUCAACAGCACAGACAGAGGCAGCUAAUUCAGCAGCAAAGAGCAAUGCUGAUGAGGCAGCAGAGCUUUGGGAACAAUCUCCCUCCCUCAUCUGGACUGCCAGUUCAAAUGGGGAACCCCCGUCUUCCUCAGGGUGCUCCACAGCAGUUCCCCUACCCACAAAACUAUGCUACAAAUCCAGGAACCCCACCUGCUUCUACCAGCCCAUUUUCACAGCUGGCAGCAAAUCCUGAGGCGUCCUUGGCCAACCGCAGCAGCAUGGUGAACAGAGGCCUGGCUGGAAACAUGGGAGGACAGUUUGGCACUGGAGUCAAUCCUCAGAUGCAGCAGAAUGUCUUCCAGUACCCAGGAUCAGGAAUGAUUCCCCAAAAUGAGGCCAACUUUGCUCCGUCUCUAAGCCCUGGAAGCUCCAUGGUGCCGAUGCCAAUCCCUCCUCCGCAGAGCUCUCUGCUCCAGCAAACUCCACCUGCUUCUGGGUACCAGUCCCCAGACAUGAAGGCCUGGCAGCAAGGAGCAAUGGGAAACAACAAUGUGUUCAGUCAAGCUGUCCCGAACCAGCCUACACCUGCCCAGCCGGGAGUGUACAACAACAUGAGCAUCACCGUGUCCAUGGCAGGUGGAAGCACAGGUGUUCAGAACAUGAACCCAAUGAUGGGCCAGAUGCAGAUGAGCUCUUUACAGAUGCCAGGAAUGAACACUGUGUGCCCUGAUCAGAUGAACGAUCCAUCUCUGCGACACCCAGGCCUCUACUGCAGCCAGCUCUCAUCCACUGACCUCCUCAAGACAGAAGCGGAUGGAACCCAGCAGGUGCAACAGGUUCAGGUGUUUGCUGACGUCCAGUGUACAGUGAAUCUGGUAGGCGGGGACCCUUACCUGAACCAACCCGGUCCACUGGGAACUCAAAAGCCCACGUCAGGACCACAGACCCCCCAGGCCCAGCAGAAGAGCCUGCUUCAGCAGCUACUGACUGAAUAACCACUUUUAAAGGAAUGUGAAAUUUAAAUAAUAGACAUACAGAGAUAUACAAAUAUAUUAUAUAUUUUUCUGAGAUUUUUGAUAUCUCAAUCUGCAGCCAUUCUUCAGGUCGUAGCAUUUGGAG